UGCCCAAGGCGUGGGUGGGAGACGAAUGCAUCCAUAUAAAAACCUGGAUAACUUCCACAUUUAAUUAGUCGUAGGUAAAUUCCAAGAGGAAUCAGCAUCAUGAAAGUAGCCUUCGUUUUCUGUUCGGCAAUUGUCGCCGUUCUCGCCAGUGGGAGAAAUGUCUCCAUUUCGACCUCGUCGACCAACAAGGGUGGCGUCUAUGCCCCUGGCGACCUCAUGUUUGAAGACACCUUUGACCGCUUUGACCUCAGCGUUUGGCAGCACGAAAUUACCAUGAGUGGAGGCGGCAACUGGGAAUUCCAAGUCUAUUCCAACACCCGAUUUAACAGCUACACGCGCGACGGGAUCCUUUACUUGAUGCCAACUUUGACGAAUGAUCGCUGGGGAGAAAACUUCGUGGAGACGGGAACUCUCAGCUUGUUAGGAGGAGCACCUGCCGAUGAGUGUACCAACCCCGCCUACUACGGUUGCGAGCGAUCCGGCGCUGGCGGAAAUAUUAUUAACCCCGCCAUGUCCGCCCGAAUCCGUACCGUCAACUCAUUCUCCUUCAAAUACGGAAAGGUCGAAGUUCGUGCCAAGAUUCCCGCUGGAGACUGGCUCUGGCCUGCAAUUUGGAUGCUCCCGCGUCACAACUCGUACGGCACGUGGCCCGCCAGUGGUGAAAUUGAUAUCAUGGAGUCUCGCGGAAACAAGCGGUUGUUCAACCUGCAAGGCGUCAACAUCGGAACGGAACAGAUCUCGUACACCUCGCAUUACGGGCCCUACUUCCCGUACAACGGGUACGCCAACGCCCACUACGAAACCCAGGCGCCACCCGACCAAGGCUACGACACGGCCUUCCACGUCUAUGCGGUCGAGUGGACCGACACUUACAUUCGUCACUUGUUGGAUGGCGUCGUCGUCGGAACUACGACCCCACCACCGGGCGGUUUCUGGGAAUUGGGCGGAUUUCCCAACGAUGUUCAUAACCCAUGGACUGGCGCGGAUAACCCAAGAAUGGCCCCCUUCGAUCAAGAGUUUUACAUCCUUCUAAACGUCGCUGUCGGAGGAACCAAUGGAUUUUUCCCGGAUGACGUGCAACCCCCGAAACCAUGGAGGAACGAUGCUGGAAAUGCCUUUGCAGAAUUUUGGGCCGCCCGAAACGCCUGGCAUCCCACGUGGGCCGGAGAAAAUGCCGCCAUGCAGAUCGACUACGUCAGAAUUACGGCCGUUUAAUAAGUUACUAAAUCAAAAAUUAAGCAGAAAUUAUGAAACAAAAUUUGAAAUUUGAAUAAGAUGAGACUUAAUUUUUCUACAUACA